UCUGUGACAAGACAGCGGGAAUGACAUUUCGCCGGGAUUUAGCUUGUCUUUCCCUUGGACUACUGGAUUUGGAAAUGUACAUAAAGGAACUGAUCUAAUGUGAUGAAGUGAAACUGCUGGAUAAAUCCAAACAUGACAGCUGUACAUGCAUACAUUUUGUUUCAUAUUGUCUUCGGUUAUUUACAUCAGGGUUUGGGUUUGAUUUCAGAAUACAAAUUAUGUGGAGACCCCCAAUGUGAAAGCAUGAUAAGUAAUGUACAGGCACAGAGAGACCACAGUGCUAAAGAUUGCCGAUUUCUAAACUUCAAAACAGGAGAUAUAAUAACUGUUUACUACAAACUCACUGGGAAAAGAAAUGAUCUCUGGGCAGGAAGUAUUGAAAAGCUGUCUGGAUUGUUCCCAAAAGAUGCCAUCAAAGUUGAUCAACUGUUUAUUGAUGAAAAAAAGGAAAUCCAGGUGCCAACCCAGGAAUUUGACUUCAUCUGCUUUGAUGAAAAUGGUUUAGUGAUUGAACGAAGUACUGAAUUUGAUGAUCUGGAAGAUUUGUCAAGAGAAACCGAUUUCAAUGAAAUCCAAGAUAAACCAAAUGAAACAGAAGAGCGUGAACCCAGACAGGUUUCUGUUCAAGAUGUUUCUGAUCAAAACAGCCCCAAGACAACACAAAAAGGUGGGUCUUCCUGGAUAGGCUCUGCUGUUAGUGGAUGGUUUGGCAGGAAUGCACAAAGCAAUGAUGAACCACAGGAUGAGAGCAGUGAAGAAUCCUUCAAAAGCAGAAAGAUAGUGAUGGAUAUUGAGGAGAACCAUGUGGAGGAGAAGACGAACUCUGGAACUUUUGGUUGGAUCAGGGGUGAACUCACCAAUGCUUUUGGAUUUGGAAACAAGGAUCUAAAAACUGAUACACAAGACAAUAUUAAGAAAUCAAUAAAAGAUGAAGAUACCUCAUCUCAGCAGCCUAGCCCCUGGAUAAGUACAGAUAGAGAUGUCUUGGACAUUGGUGAAGACGAUACUGAAGCAGCAACUAAACCUGAAGCUGAGAAAGCAGAUGAAGACAUAAACAUGGAGGACCCAAGCAUUCUUAACCCCAGUCAGAACAUGGAUGUGGUUGACAACAAACAGCGAGAUGAAAACAACCUAGAAGACAGUGUGGAAAAUAAGGAUGGUCCCUUGGAGGACAGGAGAACAGAAAAUGAAAAAGAAAAGGAACAGGUGGGGUGGUACGGAAAUAUGUACAACAGAAUCACAAAACUUUACAGAGAAGAGCAAACUAAAGAUGAUGAAGAUGAUGGAGGCAAUGACAAACUAGAAAGCCCUGGAUCUGCUACAAAUACUGAGACCACUGAAACGACAGAAAAGGAAGAAGAUGCAGUUAAAAGCGAAAAUGAUGUUGAUUUUUUUGAAGGAAAAGUGAAACAAGAUACAAGAGAUGUGCAAAGCAAUGAGGAAAAGACAGGAAAGAAAGAAAAUCCAGAUGAAGGUCAGUUUUAUCAAAUGGCAGUUUUUGUUGAAGUCAAAAUGAAUGAAAUUGCAUCUAUAGUGAAAAAGGUUGUGUCUUCACUUCCUGAUGAUAUCCGGCCUGGUCCUGACUUGUAUGGACUGCCAUGGGAAGCUGUGGUUUUCACUGGAUUUUUAGGUUUAUUGACACUGCUUCUGUUCAGCUGCAGGUUCAUUCAGUCUAUCAGAAGUCGACUAUAUGCAAGUAAAGAGACGCAAAUGGCGCAGAAAGUGGCUGAACUGCUUGAUGAAAAGUGCAAAGUGCUGGAGACAUUCAGUGAGGUUAAACAGAAGUUUGACAAACUAGAGUCCACACUACAGAACAAAGGCAUGUCUGCACAAGCUGCAGAAAAAGACAGUUUAGAGGUGGCGUCACAGAAACUUGAACAAUCAAAUGCACAAAUUAAAAAGGAAAUCGAGAGGCUGCAAGAAGAGCUGUCCCGACAAAACAAAGCAAGAAAACAACAAGAAGAUCAGCUUGCUGAACUUGAGCAGAUUUUAAGAAAUUUAGAAGAGGAAGCUAAAGAACGAAAGUCCCAGUUAGAACAGGACAACACAACGCUGAAGAUCCAUGAGAUUAACACACAGCGACUGCAGAAAAACCUGCAGGUGGCCAAAGAGGAGCACGCAAUGUUGCUUGAGAGUAAAGAACAGCUGGUGCAAGAGGCAGAGGACUGGGGUGAACGUCUGGGUGAGCUGGAGGAGGAGAUGAAAAUGUGUGAAAGAUCUCAUACUGGCAUGCUGGAAGACUGCGCUAAUAAGGAUGAUCGCAUCCAGUCACUGACAGAGUGCCUUUUGAAGAUGAGAGGUUGGGAUUCUGAGGACGAGAGCUGCGUUGACGGCAGCACUAAUGCAGCUAGGGAUGAGAAUGGAGACCGUUCAGAUUUCCAUCAGAGGCAAAAAGUACAGAAACUUAUUGAAGCGGCCAAGAUGAGUGCAGGCUUGAAGUCCAUGGAGGAGGACAAGAACAGAGUGUUCGCCAAACUCGCAGAUGAAGUUAAAGCCAAAGAAGAUCUCCAAGAGGGGAUCAAACAGCUUGAGGAACAGAAGGAGGUGUUGGAAUCAGAGAGUGCCAGCUAUGCUAGUGAAAGCCAGAAACUCCAGCAGAAACUCCAGAUCAUGACUGAGAUGUACCGGGAGAAUGAACUCAAACUACACAGGAUGUUGACAGUGGAGGAGAAGGAGCGCUUACAGAAGGAGGAGAAGCUCAACAAGGCAGAUAAGAAGAUCAGUUUUGCUGCAGAGGAGCUCAGCACCUACAGACAACGAGCCAAAGACCUAGAGGAAGAACUGGAACGGACAUCAGUGGCCUACAAGAAUCAGAUUACUUCUCAUGAGAAAAAGGCUCAUGAUAACUGGCUAGCUGCGAGGGCAGCGGAUCGAGACCUGGCUGAGGUCAAGAGAGAAAACUCUCAUCUCCGCCAGAAGCUGACUGGGGCCCAAUUCAAGUUUGAGAUUCUUGAAAAGGAUGUACGAGAGGGCAGACCUUUAUUUAGAGGUGAAAGAUCUCCAUAUGGACACUCUCCUCUUAACAGACCAACUUCAGAAACACGGGCCUUCCUGUCCCCUCCUACACUAAUGGACGGACCCCCUCGAAUCUCACCUCCCUUCAUGGGUCCAGGCAGAGCAUCCCGUGGCGUGGUAGAGCCCCCUAGUGGUGGGCCAGACUUUGAGCGGAGUGGCCCUCACUCUGAUAGUGGCUCGUUGUCUCCCUCCUGGGACAGGGAACGCAGGGGCCCUCCCCCCCCUUCAGGUCUUCCUCUCCCAGAUCCGGGGUUGCCCUUUAGGAGGCCUCCUCCAGGUCCAUAUCCUAUGGGUCCUUUGCCUCCUAGACCUCCACUUCCUCCUGAGCCAUACUUUGGGGACAAAUCAGAUUCAUCAUUUCUAAGAAACAGCUCAUCUGUCAUUGAAAAUGAGAGCAGAGAAGGUCCUCACUCAAUGCCUGGUGACAUGAGAUUGCCCCCUGAUCCUAAUUCAAGAAUGGGACCUCCUGGCCCCCCAUUAAAGGGAAUGCCCCCACUGAUGCACCCUAGGGACCCACACUUCCCACUCAGGGGCCCUUAUGGGCCUUCGGAGUUCUUUUCCCCUCGUGGGCCUGGUGGUCUCCCCAUAGGCAUGCGAGGGCCACUUCCCCCGGGAAUGUUUCCCAGAGCUCCAAUGCCACUCCCUCAACAUAUGGGCUAUUUACCACCAAGACAUUCGUCUGACAGCUUCCCCAUCGGACCUCCACCCAGACCCUCCCCACCCGGCAGCGAGCAGCCUCCCAACCAGUCGCCCUCUCCUCAUGAUGUCAUCUGAUCUCUCACGCUCUCUUCCUCCCAUGCAAACUGUUUCCGACUUCCUGUUGUUGUGCUCAGGGGGUGUUUCCUUCGAUAUGUAACCACAGUAGCCUUGUGGUUAUAUCUUACUAUUUGUCUUAGUUGAAAACGCAAGCAUGGCAAAGGGUGCAGCACAUGCCACUGCUUAAUAUUAUGAAGAGCAAGUCGAUGUCUGUAUUUCAGGUACAGUGCGCAGCCUUUGUGAAGGCUAAGUAGGUGAAUUGUAAAGUCAAUGAGACAGCCUUUUAACAGGAUUAUAGGUGCUCAGGUUUGUGAUGUUCUGAUGCUUUUCUUUUUUUUUUUAAUUGAAGGUAGAUGAUAAAAGGUCCUUAUAUUUGUCAGACUGUGUAUAUAGAAAGUCUACUAAGUAUAUAUUGUGAAUAGGAUGCUGUUAAAACAAGACUUUGGUAACUAACUUGACGAAUCCAACAACUCAAUCCAGUGAACCGUCCAUGGAGCAGAUAUAUUUUUAGUUUCAUGCCUCAUGCCUUAAAAUAGGUGGUCUGAUUAAAUAAAUCAUGUACAUUAAUAAUAAAGAUUUAAUUUGAAAAACA